CGCUUUGCCCUCAGUUGAACCAGACAAACCGUUCCCCCUGCCAGGGCGCGAUCGCGAGAUGUACGCGGCACAGGGGAAGGCCUUCCGUGUGUGGGACGGAGAGAGGAAAGUCAAGGUCGGCGUGGUCGCCAGGUCACUCCACGAGCUCAAGAGCAAAGGGAGACAACAUCUAAACCUUCCCGAGGAGGAGGACCUGAGUAUAGUUCUGGAGGAGGAUGGCACGGUCGUGGCCGACAACGAGUUUUUCCAGUUCAUCCCCGACCAGACGGUCGUACAGCUGCUGACAGAGGGCCAGGAGUGGAGACCAGAAGCACCAGACGAUGUCACCCAGACAGACGGUACUGACGAGGCUGACACAGCCGGGCCUAUCGUAGACCUCUCCACCGACAAUGAAGUUAAACAACUCUGCAGGAAGCUUCGCCAGGACAUCGCGGCCAUCGUGUCCUUCACACCCUUUCAGUCGCCUCGGAAGGGACCACGAGUAACAACUCUACACAGCUGGUGGAGCAGGUCAGAGCAGAGACCAGGAGAAGACAACACCAACACAAACGACAGAAGACCGCCAGAGAGGCGGCCGCCGCCCAAGACCUUUGAUACUUCAAAACAAACCUACUUACUAAUGUACUAAAGGAUAAUUGUGAUAAUUCAAACUUCGAGUCAGAAUGGAUUUAUCAACCAUUACUAGUUUCAUCAGGUUGGUUAAUAAAUGGGAUAUGAAGCUCUUUGAUACACAGCUAAGACAAA